AUGGCAGCAUCAAAAUGGGCAUAUAUGGCCUUCAUGAUUAUAUUAAGCUUAGGAAUCAGCUCUGCUUAUAGAGUACCACCCACAGCCCCUUCCACCACCACCCCCACCACCGAGACCAGGCAUGCUGAUAAGCCUGAUAGCCAAGAACCUAAUGGAGUAUGGUCAUGGGGCGCAGGUAUUGGUUUGACCCCUGGUGGGAGUUCUGUUGAUGCCUCAGGCAAUGGCCAGGGCAGUAGUGGGGUGUGGGGUAGCAUUGGUGGUCAAAUAAAUUUUCCUGGGAUUGGCGGUGGCAGCUGUAAUGGAUGUGGCGGUGGCGGAGGAGGAGGAGGUGGUGGAGGGAUCACCAUACCAGGAUUGGGACCUCUUUAUUGCGUACCGGCAAGUUGCUACAACAACGGUCAUGGUAGUAAUUGUAAUGCAAAUAAUGCAAUUGGUAUAGGGUUUUGGUCAGCACAAUCUAAAAUGUCCACCGAUGGAGGAAUCAACACCGAAAAUGGUGGGCCAGAAGGGUCCUCCAACACAUCCCCCCAUGAAACCAAUGGCAAAGUUUCAUCCGCAAAUAACAAUGGAGCCCAUGGUGACAACUCGGCUCUUGGUCAGCUCUUGGAGCAACCCGUUAGCACAGGUCCUUAG